CAGACUUCUAACUCUGGCAUCUUCCCUUUUCAGUCACCUUCUAUUGUUUCAGAUUCGGCUAUUCAUAGGCUGCAUCGUCUCAUUGCAGACUGUUCGGCGCCUGUAGACCGUGCCGGAUGGGAAUGAAUGAAUAGAAACGAGAUGAAUCACUCAACCCUCCUUUCCCUCCUUAUUAUUCGGUCUAUUUCUGCAAGGUCUCUCUUUCUUCUCUUCUUUUCUCUUCGAUUCUCGAGUUGAUCUCGCAUUGUCUAUUAUUUCUUUCUUUCCGGGACUCGGUGUCCUGCUGGCCAGUGACUUUCUUCCCCUCCCUUUUUAAUUGCCUCCAGCCCAACUGGUGGUCUUGUGCCCAGCACCACAACGCACACAUAUCAACACAUCAGCAUAGACUACUUGAGCCUUUUGCAGUGUUACUCUUGACUUGACACCUCUUAAUCUUUUCUCCGUUGCAUCCUUUCUCACCCAAUAAAAGUCAUGAUGUCGAAGCUCAAGGAGUCCUUGGCUGGUCCAGGGUAUGUGAUUCUCAACACCAUCCGCGCGCUCAACAUCAUCGUCUUCAUCGACAUUAUUGCCUCUUGUGCAGUCAUGUUGGUCAAGAUCAACAUGUACAAUGGGUUCUUCUUCUUCCAAGCCGUCACCCAUGCAGUCAUGGCCAUCAUCAGCAUCGGCCUUAUCAUUUCCGAACUCCCCUUCUUCCGGGGGUUCUUCAACCGCCGGUUUCCCAUGUUCGGCGAAGAGGCUGGCUUCUAUGCUCUGGCAGCCAUCAUGAUGAUUCUUGGCGUCGCCGUACUGGGCAACCUGAACAGCGAGUCCAUGAGCCAAAAGAAUCUCGGCCUGGCAUUCUGGAGAAUCAUCAUUUCGGCCGGUAUCCUCGCCAUGGUCGUCAGUCUCGUGAAUGUCCUAGCUACCCUUAUCUUCACAAACCACACGCAGGGCCUCAGCGCCCGCCACGUCCGACAAUACGGGGCUGUCGCCCCGCAAAAGGUGGUGAGUCGGGCCAGCAGUAACCGCUCCUUCCAAGCCAGUCUGAAUAUGAAGCGUGAAGACGACUCGCUCCCAAGCUACACCCCGCCGUCAGCCACCAAACGCUUCACCAAGCGUCUGACGGGGCGGUUCCCCAUUAAAAUUUCCAAUCCCAUGAAUCCCACCAGCAAUGGCAAGAGCUUGAAUGCUCCACCCAUUAACGAUGCCGCAUCUUCUCGGUACUCGCGUGAUUCGGCGGGCGUUGCUAUGCCGGACCCGGCGCAUCAUCCUAUGUACCACCAUGGUGGCUCGAAUAUGGUUUGAGGGUCGUCUUGAGGAAGGGCGUUGGGCAGCGAGGUGGCGUUUUUGGGAUAUUGCAUGAAUGGGUGUUCGAUUCUUAUCUUCUUCGUUUCUUUGGAUUCGAAUUUCGUUGUAUUGAUUAGCCGGCGCUUUGAUUGUGAUAAAUGAGACCCACG